AUGGCAAUAAUCCGUUCCAGCCUUGGAAUCUAUGAAUCCCCUGAAGCUGCUUCAGUCACUACAUAUUGCUCCUGUGUGUGCCCACCAUCUGACUUUCACCCUCUGUUGCAGAGUCUGAGCCAGCUCUUGAAGGUCUCUUUUGAAUAUAAGAUCCCUCUACCUAAAGAGAAGUUUCAAGCCAUCUGCAGUGCUCUGCACAAUCAGAUCUGUUCUCAAGCUAAGCCGCUCAGCACGGAAAAUCACGCAGAGCUGUUCGAUUGUGUAGUUCUGCUAGCCUGUUCUUCUCCUGAUGAUCUGAUAGCAUUUCUGCACUCGCAGCUGGAGAUUGAGAAUAAGGCUGUUCGUGUGGCCUCUGAAUCUGCUCAGAGCUAUUGUUGGUGCCGACUGUAA